AUGUCAUGCAGCACACACAUAAUCUAUCUUUUCUUUCUGUCAUAUUUCAUUAAAGCAUCUGCGUCGGCCAGCUCAUCGCGCUUCACUCUACCGCCCCAGAGCCAAGCCAUCGUUGAGAACGACGCCGCUGACUUUAGCUGCGAGGCCACCGGGCCCUCCGGCGACUUGCACUAUGAGUGGCUGCAUAAUGGUCAGCAAAUCAGAUACGACAGCCGCGUCCUGCAAAUUGGCUCCAAUUUGCGUAUCGAGUCGGUGCAGCGCGAGGAUGCCGGCGAUUACGUGUGCAUCGCAGCCAGCGCGGCCAGUGGAGCCAGGCAGGCAUCGCCGCCAGCUAAAUUGAGCGUGAUAUACCUGGAUGCGGUCACUGUUCAACUGUUGGGCAGCAAUCGGAACGAGCUGUUGCUCAAGUGCCAUGUGGAGGGCGCCUCUGGCGAUGAGCCGCUGCAGAUCGAAUGGUAUCGCGACAGCGCCAAGCUGAGYAGCUGGCAGAACGUGGAGUUGCAGCAGCAUCGCCUGCUCGUCCGCCAGCCAAGCAGCGCCGAUGACGGACUCUAUCGCUGCAUUGCAUCGAAUGCGGCGGCUCGUGUGAUGAGCAAACAGGGCUAUGUGUAUGAGCAUCUGGCUAGUGUGGCGCCUGGGUCCACCAAGUGCCUGCCCAAGUUGAAGAGGAACCAAAAGAUGCCCGAGUCCUGGGGCAAGCAAGUGUUUCUGUGUCGCGGCAAGCGUGGCGGCUCCRCAGGCAUGGAUCAAUCGCAGUCACUGCCGCCGUCGCCCGAAGGGCUGCGCAUCGUUCAGGGACCCAACGACAAGCUGAUCAUCAAGGAAGGCGAGCCGACCGCCCUCAGCUGCCUCUAUGAACUGCCCGCCGAAUUGCAGAAUCAACGCAUUCAGUUGCGCUGGCGCAAAGAUGGCAAAAUUCUGCGGCAUGUGGAGCUGGGCGAAGCAGUUGUACCCGGUCUGGCGCUGGACCACGGCAAGGAUGCACUGGUGCGCGAGGACGGACGCUUGGUGCUGCACAAGCAGAACGGCACGCUCAGCUUCAACAGCAUCAUUGCCAGCGAUGCGGGCCAGUAUAUGUGCCAAAUCCAGCUGGAGGGACAUGCGCCAGUCAACUCGGCACCCGGCGCGCUGGAGGUCAUUGAGCAGCUCAAGUUCAUGCCGCAGCCAACAUCCAAGAAUCUGGAGCUGGGCGCCCUGGGCAAGCUGCACUGCAAGGCGCAGGGCACGCCCACCCCGCAGGUGCAAUGGCUGAGGGAUGCGGCGAAUGGCAGCCUGCCCGAGCACGUGGACGACAUAAAUGGCACUUUAAUCUUUAGGAAUGUGAGCGCCGAGCAUCGGGGCAACUAUACGUGCGUGGCCAGCAACAGCCAGGGCCAGAUAAACGCCACGGUGGCCAUCAAUGUGGUGGUCGCGCCCAGGUUCAGUGUGGCGCCCGAGGGGCCCAUCGAGAGCAGCGAGCAAGGCGUCGCCGUUAUACACUGUCAGGCAAUUGGCGAUCCCAAGCCGACCAUACAAUGGGAUAARGACCUGAAGUAUCUAAGCGAGAAUAAUACGGAUCGUCAGCGGUUCAGCUUCCUGGAGAAUGGCACACUCGAGAUACGCAACGUGCAGGCGGAGGAUGAGGGCAAAUAYGGCUGCACCAUUGGCAACAGUGCCGGGCUGAAGCGUGAGGAGGUUCGCCUGCUGGUGCGCGGAAGUGGCGAUGGCUUCAUAACGGAGGAAUCGGCCGGCGAUGGUUUCCUGGUGACACGCGCCGUCCUCAUCACGAUGACCGUGGCGCUGGCCUACAUAGUGCUCGUGGUGGGUCUGAUGCUGUGGUGUCGCUAUCGCCGUCAAGCACGCAAGGCGCGCCUCAACGAGCUGAGCAUCAAGGAGGCGGGCGGUGACCAAGCGGAGUCGGGCAAGAACACGGAACAGGAGCCCUGCCUGUCCAAGCAGCGCAACGGGCACGGCAAGUCCCGGACAGCCGCCAAUGGCGAUGCUCAGAAAUCCGAUGAUACGGCUUGCAGUCAGCAGUCCAAGGCGUCCAAGAAAUCUGCCCAUAUCUAUGAGCAGCUGGCUCUGCCACGUUCUGGCCUCAGUGAACUCAUCCAAAUUGGCCGCGGCGAGUUUGGCGAUGUGUUCGUGGGCAAGUUGAAGGCCUCCCUGGUGGCAGCCGCCUCGCCCAGCGACAAGGAUGCCGACACGGAGAAGCAGCACAGCAACAGCGAGAAUGGCAGCGGUGCCAGUGGUGCCAGCGGCUGCGGCAGUGGCAGCACCACCCUCAGCACUCUGAACGAGAAGCGACGCUCCAAGACAUCCAUGGAUGACAUUGAGGAAAUCAAGGAGGAGGAACAGCCCCAGGAGCAGGCACAGUCCGAGUCGACGGCCGAUCUUCUGGUGAUGGUCAAGGCACUCAACAAGGUCAAGGAUGAGCAGGCCUGCCAGGAGUUCCGUCGCCAGCUGGAUCUGCUGCGUGCCAUCUCGCACAAGGGCGUGGUUCGUCUGUUCGGCCUGUGCCGCGAAAAGGAUCCCCACUACAUGGUGCUGGAGUACACGGACUGGGGUGAUCUCAAGCAAUUCUUAUUGGCCACCGCUGGCAAGGUUAACACWGCCACCGCCACCUCCUCGCCACCACCACUAACCACCAGCCAGCUGCUGGCUGUGGCCUAUCAAAUAGCUCGCGGCAUGGAUGCUAUUUAUCGCGCUCGCUUCACCCACAGAGACCUGGCCACGCGCAAUUGCGUCAUCUCCAGUGAGUUCAUCGUUAAGGUCGCCUAUCCGGCCCUCUGCAAGGACAAGUACAGCCGGGAGUAUCACAAGCAUCGCAACACGCUGCUGCCGGUGCGCUGGCUGGCACCGGAAUGCAUACAGGAGGAUGAGUACACCACCAAGAGUGACAUUUUCGCCUUUGCUGUCGUCGUAUGGGAGCUGUUCAAUCAGGCGACAAAGCUGCCGCACGAGGAUCUAAGCAACGAGCAGGUGGUGCAGCGCUCGCUGGCCAAUACCCUGGAAUGGUCUGUGGCCGAGGGCACGCCCGAUGGCCUCAAGGAGAUUCUGCUCUCCUGCUGGUUGACCAAUCCCAAAGAGCGUCCGUCUUUCAGUCAGCUGGGAGCUGCACUUAGCAAGGCCAUGCAAGCUGCUGAGAAAUAGACGAUGAUGAUGACAUAGUGUUGGUAA